AUGUCCAGGAUCAAAUUGCCGCGAGGAUUCCGGUCCCAGAUAGCUUCACGACGAGCUCUACAAAAGCAUGGCACCUGUGGAAAUGUGGCUCCAUUCACCACUUCUGCAACCGCCCGGUCAUACGCCGACACCAUCAACAAUCUCAAGAUAGGCAAGCACACCAGAGUGCUGUAUCAGGGAUUUACAGGUCGCCAGGCCACUAUGAAUGCAAAGGAGUCAAUGGAAUGGGGAACCAAUAUUGUGGGGGGAGUGAAGCCAGGAUUCGAGGGGGAACAUCUUGGUUUGCCAGUCUUGCCGUCUGUGAGAGCGGCGGUUCAACAUUUGAAACCUGAUGCCAGUGCCAUCUACGUGCCCGGAGACGGGACUGUUACGGCCAUGGAGGAAGCCAUUGAGAAUGAAAUACCUCUCAUCGUGGCUGUCGCCGAACAUAUUCCCCUCCAUGACACCCUGAGAAUUCACGAGAUGUUACGGACCCAGUCCAAAACACGUUUAGUAGGGGCUAAUUGUCCCGGUAUCAUCAAUGUUCAGGGUCGCUGUCGGCUCGGAUUCCAGCCUCUGCCAUUCUUCACCGAAGGGAGAGUCGGUAUUGUCGCCAAAUCCGGCACGUUAAGCUAUGAGGCGGUGGCUUCGACCACGCGUGCUGGCCUUGGUCAAACCUAUUGCAUCAGCAUGGGCGGAGAUGUCCUCGCCGGCACCAACUUUGUCGAGGCUUUCCAAGUGUUGGUCGAAGAUGAACACACCGAGGGCAUCAUCAUGAUAGGUGAGAUCGGAGGCAGCGCCGAGUUGAAGGCGGCCGAGUGGAUCGAUGGAUACAACCGACGAACGGAAAACCCGAAACCUUUCAUGGCUUUGAUCGGAGGCAUUCAGGCACCUCCAGGCCGCAUCAUGGGCCACGCCGGAGCCUGGGCGGCACCGGGAGAAGCCAGUGCUGCUCAGAAGAUCAAGAUCUUAGAGGACGUGGGGGUGACCGUGGUCGAUCAUCCAGAGAAAUUCGGCCGCAGAAUGGAGGCGUUGCUCUCCCGACGCUCCAGAAAUGGCACUCACAACCGUUCAGACCCGAGAGCAGCUCAGAAGAGAAGUUACCAUACCGAGAGGAGGAGACCGAAGACAUCUCACUUAAACAAAAUGAAAGGGGUACAGCGACGGUCACUGUACAUCAAGCAAUCACAAGCCUUCGAUAUGCUGGCAGCAAGGGGAAUUCAGACGGCAAAGACCCCUACAGUCCCAGAGCAGAAAUUCGUUGCCAUUUCCAUUGACCGGGAGGUGCGACAGCCCUGCAUAAUUGCAUCACCCACGACAGACCCUUCACGUGCAUUUCAGCUUUCCCGGAAAUUCCCCUUUGGGUACGGAACAAAUGCCCCGACCUCUCCCGAGAUGCUUCAGCAGGUGUCAUCACAUCUGGGAGUUUCUGGAAAGGGUCAACAAGGGCUGGAAAAGCUUAUAACAGAGCUUCUCGACAUCUUCAUGUCUAAAGAGGCCUUUGUAGUUCAAACAAAAGUUGCCUUCGACGAGGACGGAAGCCUCCAAGUUCAGGGCGCGAAAUUCGGAUUCGACGAUGCCGCUUUUCGCAGCUCGAAACGCCAGGCUGACAUCCAUGCCUUGCGAGACAUUCAAAGCGAGGUGCCAGAGGAGGUAGAAGCUGAGAAGUAUGGCAUGGUUUACGUCAAGCUUGAGGGCCAAGGCACCAUCGGGACCAUUGUCAACGGAGCCGGAUUGGCGAUGAACACGGUCGACGCGCUGGUUGCUCGGGGCGGUCAUCCAGCGAAUUUCAUGGACACUGGGGGCAAAGCGACUUCCGAGACAAUCAAAGCUGGCUUCAAGAUUGUCACCUCAGACCCCAGAGUUAAGGUCAUCUUUGUUAAUAUCUUUGGAGGACUAACUCUGGGCGACAUGAUCGCCAACGGUAUCCUGAUGGCUUUCCGGGAUCUGGACUUGAAAGUACCCGUCGUUGUUCGGAUCCGUGGGACGCGUGAGGCCGAAGGACAACGCCUGAUCCAGGAGAGCGGUCUUAAAUUAGACGCUUUUGAUUCUUUUGAAGAGGCGGCCGCUCGGGCAAUCGCAAUUGCAAAAGGCACGGAAAAGAUGGAGUAG